GCCCCUUCCAGACAAUGAAUUCGAAGUCAAUAUACAUGUCGAAGUGAAAAUCUUCGAGCGAGAAUAAAUGACGUUGCUAUUUGCGAGCGAGCCUUGGAACUAAAUGGCGGUCUCGAAUGCGAGAUCGAUCACCCACCUCCGUGGGGACGUGGAGCCCUCAUGGGCUGCGCCAACUAUCAUGCUCGCAUUCGCUUCCCCGCGAAUGCCUCUGUUUGGCUCAUCCGGGUGCCUCGAAUGAAUAGCAGUAUUCCUCAACUACUUAUCGAUUACCUUGUUCGCAGCGAAUAUGCCACCCUCAAAUUUCCCGAAACGACUACAGUGCCUGCUCCUCGUGCCUUUGAUUAUGGAAUUGCAGGUGACACAAAUAACAAAGUGGGUGUCAGCUAUAUCCUUAUGGAAGAGAUGGCUGGCAGGACUUGGAAUAUGCAAGGGCCACAUGGGAAGCGUUCCAACGAUGGCAACGACAAGGAGAGGUUGUGGAAUGGACUGGCCGAUAUUUUAAUUGAGCUGCAGCGUCAUCCAUUUUCCAAGGCCGGAUCUCUUCUCCCAGGCCCUUCGCCUUCAAAACCAAUAGUUUCAGCCGUCGCCAGCGAACGAUUUCUUGUUCUGAGCCCUUCUGGGCCUUUCGCUACUGCCAAAGAUUACUAUACGUCAUUUGUAGAGCAGAACAUGGCCCUCAUCGCUGAUGGUCAGCUUUUCCCAUCUUUUCCAGUGAAUGCUUAUUUGGUGUUUUUAUUCUUGAAAUCCCAGAUCCCGAAUCUUGCAUCCACAGCAAACCGUAAUAUUGAAACGACGGAGCAAUUUUACAUCAAGCACGUGGAUGACAAGGGAGACCACUUAAUGGUGGAUGACGAGCUGAAUAUUGUCAGGGUCAUCGAUUGGCAAAUGGCUCGAGUCGUUCCUGCCAAUGAAGCUUUUGGACCCUCAUUGGUGACCGCUGAAAUGGGCGAGAUUUACAACGGCGUAUCGUCCUUAACUGUCCAUGAUCAUGCGUUAGCUCGCUUCUUGAAAGCGAAGGGAGAAGAUGACUUAGCUGAUAUCAUGAGCAAAGACGAGAAGCUACGGAGGUUUUUCUUUGGUCUUGAUGUUGAUUUUUCUUGGAACGAGACACUCCUAUUAAUUCGAGGCAUUUGGGCUGCAUUUGGCAUGGACAAAAACACUGAUUGGAAAGUUUGGAAGACGGACAUGCUGGACCAACACAUGCAUGAUGAGCGUCUGAUGAAUAUUAUUGAUAGUUUUGGAGCAGGCCCUUGACAAAAAAACUCACAAGGAACUGCGUAUAUAGUGCAAAGCUUCACCAUCCAUUAAUGUAAGCCGAGGAUGGCUUGGCGAGGUCGGCCACGGUAUAAGCAAUACGGCUUUCUCUUUGGCCCACUUUUAUCGAGCUCCACUUUGACCUGGCCCACAACUCCCGUCGAUCAUCCUGGGAUGCCUUCGACAGUUAUUUAUCUCUACUACUGCAACUUUCCGCGUGAAGUUUACCAUAGCACAAUCUGAGGGUAUGCCUUCUCUAACUAACUAAAUGAGUCAGAAAUUCCUAACAAAGUAAAGCUUAUGGUGAAAGACCUGCAUC